AUGGAUAAUAUUUCGGAGCAACGCGCGUGUAUUAAAUUUUGUUUCAAAAUUGGUAAAAAUGCUACGGAAAGUUUUGAAUUAAUAAAAUUGGCUUUUGGAGAUAUUGCACUAAGCCGAUGUGUAACUUUUGAUUGGUUCAAACGUUUUAAAGAAGGUCGUAUAUCCAUUGAAGAUGACCAUCGUCCUGGGCGUCCAUCAACAUCAAAAACAAAUGAUAUCAUUUCUCUAGUUCGAGACAAAAUUAGAUCCGACCGAAAAUUAACUGUCAGAGAAGUAGCUAAUGAAGUUGGCAUAUCAAUUGGUACUUGUCAUUCGAUUUUAUCAGAUGAAUUGGGUAUGAAAAGAGUGUCCGCAAAAUUAGUGCCAAAAUUGUUAACCGAGGAGCAAAUGGAACAUCGCAUUGAA